AUGCUAUUCCUGAUUAUAUCCAAUUUAAAUAAAUGUCUUCAAUUAUGUAAAAAUAUUCAAGAAUAUAUUCAAGAAAAUGUGGUUGACGGGGGUGAUGAUAAUAGUCUUCAACAUCCAAUGUUUACUACUGCUUAUUAUAACAAUAGCACCUAUUUAACCCAUUCAAUUAUCAAUGAAACAAGUAUUACAAAUUCUAAUGAACGUAGUAGUCUACCAUAUAUUAUUGGUGUGAUUGUUGCCUUUUUAGUGGUAUUAAUCGGUAUUGUUUUAAUUGUCAAUCGUGAAGUAUGUAGUCGACAUAGAUUUUAUCAUCAGUGUACAUCAUCGCAUGUUGUUUUACUUAUUCACUGUACUUCGGUGGCGGCCUGA